CAGCAGCCAUUGGCCUGUUAUAAAACUUGGUGAAUAAAGACCCGGGGUAUCGCCACUGAUACUGAUUGACGUCUCCUAAGUCGAGCUUCUAUGUAUCAUAUGUAUCAUGCACAGGGUCCGCAUUGUCCUGCAAAGUCGUACUCUGGUUUAUAGAUUCAACCAUAUCUAAAGAUUACUACCAUACUGCUGGAUCCUACAUUCAAUAUGCCGUCCGUCCUGAAUCUCGAUUUUGCCGAUGGCUUGGCAUUUCCAACAGCUCUGGCCGAGGGUCUGGGGAAGCUAGAACCCUCUCAUCUCAAAACCGCAUCACGUAUCUUGAACAUCAUCUCGCGAUACAAGCUCACGAAAGACGCAUUUCUAUCGAAAAGUAACGAUGGGAUCAACUUUCUAUCCCAGAUUUACUCCAAGGUCUCAGCUAAUGAGACCGUUCUCAUGUGCCUUCCCGCAUUCCCUUUCAAAUCACCGAACACAACCUCAAAGGUCCUUGGCCGUCUCCCCGACAAGGCGGAGGAGUUUGCGCUUGCACACCUGAAUGGAUUGUGCGCCGCUAUAGGAGACAUCUACGUACCCGGAGCAAGAUUAAUGAUCGUCUCAGAUGGGCUUGUGUAUAACGAUCUUCUAGGAGUUCCGGACAAGGACGUGUGGGCAUAUGGUGAAGCUCUCCGAACGUUAAGGACCAAAAAGAACUUUCACCAUAUCGAAUUCUGCCGACUCAGGGACAUCGUUCAAAUCGAUGUACCCAAUGAGCUUGAUGAGAUUAGAUAUGUCGCCAAUGCCACUAAUUUUCGCUAUGCUCUAUUGAAGCAAUUCAGCAAGCCCGGCUUCAAUGUCUCACUCCGAAUUUCGGAAGAUGAAGAUACAUGCUUGACAUAUAGGGGCUACAUCAAAUUCCUAGCGACCGAUCUUCAAAAUGUAUACCCAGUGGGCGAAGGGCGAAGCAAAUCAAAAUACAAGAAGGGGAUUGAAUAUAUCGCCAAGCAGAUGCUCAUGAGAGGUGAUGCAUUCGCUCGAGCGGUCAGGGAAAUGUUUCCGGAUAGGCUUAGAUUGUCAAUCCAUGCUUCGACAGGCGAGAACAAGCUUUCCGUCAAUUUAUUGCCAACCGACACGAUGUUCACGACUCCCUGGCACUGCAGCAUCGCGUUCCGGCUCGAUGGUACUACAACCACUGGCCAUCGGUCUGAGUUCGAAGUUGACGAUACUUUUGAACUCGUUUACGAGGACGGCAGACCCAGCUACUUUCGCGAAAAGAGUGACUUGUUGUCAUGGGCAACCGAAAAGGGGGGUAUUACAUGCGAGCCCCUAUACCCCGCCGGUUUUCUAAUUCGCCCGGCAACAGGUCCGGGCGCUCUAUCCAUACAUGAUGUAGACGCCGCCAAAGUUCGUGAACUAUCACAAGUAAACUCGCCUGUCGUGUUAAGAGGCUUCUCUCAGACGAGGAACCGGGACUUUUUCGUUGAUAAAUCUAGAGAAUUUGGAACACCGUUGCCGUGGAAGUUCGGCCUCGUUCUAGAAGUCAAAGAUCGCGGUAUGGAUACACGUGGUUUGAACAAUGUCCUUUCGGCUGAAUGGAUGCCGUUUCAUUACGACGGACUAUUCAAGACAGAGAAAAGAGUGCGGGACGAUGGAAGCGAAGAAUUGGUGUCUACACCACCACUAUUCCAAUUCUUCACCGCCGUCACCGAAUCCCCCAAAAAUACAGGCUUUACCCUAUUCUCAUCAUCAACACUACUAUUCAAAUACCUCCCCUCCCACCUCCCCCUUUCCUCUCUCCGCCCCCUAACAUGGGACGUAUCCACAUCCUCCUUUGGCUCCACAACCCUCCACGGCCUACCCUUAGUCAUCGACCAUCCCGCCACAAGCCGCCCCUGCCUGCGCUUCCACGAGCCGUGGCCGCAGUCUAAGACGCGCUUCGAUGCUACCCACAUAACUAUCGACAACGCGAGCGCCCACUGCGUGGAUAGUACGAACGUGUGCGAUACCCUCACGAGCUUGCUGCAUGAUCGCCGCGUCGCGUAUUACCAUUCUUGGGAGAAGGGCGACUUGCUCGUUAGCGAUAAUGUCUUAGCUAUGCAUACCCGCAGCGAUUUCACGGCGGGGUGCGAGAGGGAGCUUUGGAGGAUACAUUUUGAUUAGGUGUUAGGAUGGGUGGGUAGGGGUAGGCUGGGUGUAUUACUAAGGGGUUAGGUAAUGAGCAAUGUCGAGUAUAUCUUUACUAUUUUUUUCAGGGGGGUAAGGGGAGGUAAGGGGAGGUAGGGGUUGUUUUUUUCUCAAAGUUAUAGGUGCGAAUCUGAGUAUCUCCUUGGAGUUGGUUUCAUUGUACGCUGCGUGAUCUAGUUUAGUUACGUUUCU